UUACGCGAAACGCAGACUCCGGGCGUGGUGGUCGUCCGGCUUUCUCAGUUUUGCUUUUGUCGUGGACGAGGAAGGAAAAUUCAAUUGAGUUACGAUGAUUUAAGUGGAGAAUUGUUCGCGGAAAAAUUUUACGAUCCUUUUCCCCGAAGACACGAAGCGUUUCUGCUGUGCUCAUUGCCAUGUGACUUUCAUGACGUUACGUAAUUUCUCUUGAGUUUUCUGUGAUACUUUUCUCGUCGAUAUGUUGGAAUGGAAAAUUCUUUUGUGAUAAAAAAAGAAGUAAUACAAAGAUAGCGCAUUGAGAAAUGGUACAUUUGUAUAUACAAAAUGUAUUAUUUCUAGAUUAAUAUUUCAAAAUUUAAAUUUCCUAAAUAAGUUGAAGAGAAAAUUUCUACUUAAUACAGGAAAUAAUCACGAAAAUGUUGGUGUUUGUAGUUUUCAUUCAUUAACAAUUCAGAAUAGCAGUUUCCGACAAUGUAAAUAUUAAGAAAGAAAACACAUGAAUGAUUCUUCAGUAAAUUUCAAAGUUUUAAUAAAAUUAUAACUUGAAACUUAAUUAUCCAAAAAUUGGAAACAUUAAUUAUGCUUCUUGCUCAAAAAAAAAGAUCAAUUCCGCGAAUCGCACGAUUUAUUCAUCACUCGCCAUAUUUGCAAGAUUUCCAAUUUUAUUAAGAAGAUUUCGUAGAAGAAUACUGUUUGUACGAAAACAUUUAAUCGCCAUAAAUAUCUGUUCACAAUACAGAUUUCUGUUUUCAGUGUUUUUUUUGCAAAAUUAUAAAUUAUCAGAGACAUAAAACAUAUAUCGUCGGAAAAAUAAUCUCAAAUUUCCUGAAAAACGAAAUGAAUUCGCGUAAAAGAUGCGAAUUUUUUUUUAACGAUUAUAAGCGAGAUUACAAGAGAAAUAUUACAUGAUAUCGACGGGGACGUGUUGCGUACAAAAUCGGAUAUCAAGGAAAAAUUAUUUUCAACGCCAAGGGCACACUUUCGCAAUAUACGAUCUGGCCGGUACGUCGCGAAUGCACCAAUGCCGAGGGCCGAGCGAGUGUUUGCAUGAGCCCAGUUCUACUUAUCAGCGUCUUGAAACACCGGCUGGAUAAUGGCUCUCAGAUGUUAUCUUUCGGGAUUCGGGAUAACGGGCGAGCGGGGUGUUCCGGGGGAUACUCGAAUACCCCGAGGAUAACUAACUCGUACACGGCCGAGCACUAGCCCGCUUGCUCACGAUCAAUGAAACCUACCGUGUAGAUAUUAAUACGCCCGCGCGAUAUCUAGACGUUUUAAUGCACGGUUCGCUUGAAACGUAAGCCAGGACGGAAUCUGGAACGAGAAUGCGAUAUGCGAUAUGUCUUGUACGCACGUUGGAGCGACACGUUGGCGUUACGUUUCGAAAAUAAUUCGUGUCGCAGACGAAUAAUUCCGCGUCGUUCUUUUUUUUUCUCGCUCUUUUUUUGUCCCUCAUUUUUUCCGGUUUUCGGCGUUUGUAUUUCCGGUCGUGAGAAUUCGAGAAUACACACACACACACACACACACACACACACACACACACACACACACACUACUAAGUUAAUCAUCCGUUAUAUAUGUGUUUAUCAUAUGUUAAUAUCCGCGAGUUCCAUUGUCGAAUACAUUCUAAUCAAUUUUUUCCAAGUUUUUUUUUUUUAAGUAGAUGUCCUUCAUAUUUUGCAGUGAAACAUAUGACGUGACUUUCAAGAAUGUAAAAGGGAUAAUAUAUUAAUGGAACAAUGUUAGUAACGAAAAAUGAAAUGAAAAAAUGGGCAAUUUUUUGAAAUAUUAAAAUAACCGUAAGUAUUCGUUGGAGAGACAAGCGUAAAAUAUAUUUUUGGCCGCAAAUAUGCCUCCCAAGACACUAAAUUUCCUCUCGGUAUUGCCAUUGCGUACACCGGCCGGCAAAAAUUAGCACUCCAUUUAGUGAUCAUACUAUAAUUGUUUUCUCAGUGAGUUCUCGCACUCCUAUUCGCAUGAGAAAAAUUGCCGUCUUAGCAAAUCGUCUAAAAAAACCUAGCUUACAAGAGAGUUUACAGCGAUCACUUAUUUACCCUUUGACUUUCAUGACGUGGUAAACACGAGAAUGGCAAUAAAUCGGAUACAUUGUAUCAACUGGAUUUGAAUCCAGUUUACGGAUUGUCGCAUACGCAGACUCUGUAACACAAAGCAUCUAUCCGCAAGAAUUUAUUAUAGCAAUGAUUCUGGAAAAAUCGAUUUGAGUGGUCAGGUUGAAAAUGAAGAUAUCAAAUCGCCGGGACGAUUCUUCGUUCAUACGAAGGCAUCGGUCGUCGAUAGCUCGACAGGGCACUCCUUGGUAGCCCGUUUUCUAUUCUAAUUCCGUUUGCUAUUCUGGUACCGGUGGAGGCCGCAGCCAAUGGGCAACGCGUCCUCCCGGCUAUCGUACGCGCAAACACAUCCCUCGCGCUCUUCGCCCCGUCCGGCGUGUGCACCACCACCCCCUUCCCCGUGCCGAUCGCAGUCGCUUUCGUGGCAUCGCGGCCGACGGAUUAAUUCUGUACUCGCAUAUUACUCGUUACCGUCAUCCCUUCGUCCUUCAUCAGUCGCUGCGGUGAUCGGCCCCUCCCUCUCUCCCCCCCCGCCUCCUUCCCCCGUCCGUUCUCCCUGUGAACGUCCCUGAUCUCUCGGUUUACGUCAAGCGCCAUCAGACGUCCGGGUCGAAACGAUCGGAACGUCAGCGAGGGGCGAUCUCUCCCGCCGGUUAAUCGGUCGGAGUAAUCCUGAAGAGGAGAUAACGUCAGGUGGAGAAAGGGUGUGAUGCAGUGGCGUCGACAGAAGAAAGUCACGCACGUGAUCGGUUCCUCGAAUCAUGUGCUGCUCUUAGCGAGGUACCAAGAUGGUACGCAAACAUUAUCCCAGGAUAAUUACGCAUGGGCUCCACCCGGUGAAGAAGAUGAGGAGGAGGGUUUACGAAAAGACUACGUGAAAAGCCAGGAGAAAGAGACAAGCGCGCACACACACUUUGAACGGAAUGGACAACAAGGCAGCUACAAGCCACGUUGGGUUGGUACCAGCGCCAGCGGCGGAAGUACGAGCGGUUACGCCAGCAGCGGCUCGAGAUCGCACAGAGACGAGAGCGUGGGCUCGCCGUCGCAGCCCAAGAUCAUCUUUAACGAGGAGGAGUACACGAGGAUCACGACGCCGCGGCAGGAUGUCCUCUUCAAAAAGGGCUACCUGUCGCGCAAGAAGCCUUGGACCGGAAACGCAAGCACCAGCGCUACGCCGUCGACCACGGAGAGUCAAUCGGCGUCACAUUCCACCGCAGACGGCAGCGAAACUACUGAGGACCAGCAGUUAUUGGAUAGGGACAGCGGAACGGGAGAAUAUCCGCCCAUGGUAGAGCCAGGAGCGCAGUUAGGAUACGGAACAUUUUACGAUCAUGCAAGCGGCUACUACUACGAAUAUCCUGUGAUGUUAGUCGGACCUGCUCCAGUACCUGCUCAAGUUGGACCAAGCGUUCUAGCGACUGUACCCUGCGGUCCGGUUCCUCUAAGACCGAUCGAAUGGAUCAAUCCUGCCUUCGUGCCUAAACUUGCCAAUCAACCAUAUUGCUUAAUGGAUUACCAGACUAAUCAAAGUACAGAACCGGUCACGAUAGUGGAGGAGCAGAAUGGCACAAUGGCGGCAGCGGAAGCUUCUAACAAUGUGUGGAAUGAGAGCGGCACUGGUAGCGCUAGUUGCAGCGGCAGCGUAGCCGGGGAGAUCGAGGAACAAGCCGAAGAAGCGGACAGUGCGACCAUGGAACAGCAGGCCAUGAAGGAGCAGCUUGUAGAAGAACAACCACCAGAACAACUUCAUCUUGAAGCACAGCAACAUUUGGAAAACGGCAUAACGACGAUCGACCCUUACCUGGAUCCACUGCUGAUGCAAGAGCCAGUGCACGUGUCGCAGAUCAUGCCGGCUAUACCACAGCCAUACAUGUAUCCGGGUCACUACAUGUUCGGGCCACCCUUGGUCAACGUUAAUGGUGUUACCAUCCAGGGCGGGCCAUUGGUGAGAACCAUGGACGUAACGGCUAUGACAAUGGCAUGCGCCAAACGAAGAAAGAAGAGAAAGAAAAGAAAGCAGAGAAGACCUACUUUGGGUAACACCGAAGAUGAGGAGGAAGGGGAAUACAGUUCCGAAUGUGAUAAUGAUGUAUCGUCUUCCCGACUACCUUGGUCGGAAUGUCCGACCACGACCGCGACUACAACGACGACGACCGCGAAUCGACCACUCAAUCCCGAGUGUCAGGAAUUUCAGCUGCGACCGGCAUUGCAAUCGCGAAUCCUCUCUAAUCCUGUUUCGACAUCCACCAUCACUCCUGUGAACGAAGAAAUUACGUUGUCUGUCAAUGACGUACCGCAUGUGUCAUCCCACAUCGAAACGGAAUCUGCCGGUUGCGAGACGUGUGAUUCAUCGACUGUUCAAAGUCCAAGCAAGAAGCAAGAAGAAAUGACAAUUUGCAAUGCCGAGCAAAUUUGCAUUACGGAAACACCUUUGAAGAACGCACAGUCGACGACAGUUGGACACGUGCCAAGAAACAGGAACGUAGAAACUAACAGUCAAGCGAAUCACUUAGUCGCGAAUGUGGAAGCGAUAACGAAUGAGAUCGCGGAGACGAAAAGCAAAGCUCUGACUGAUCAUGAAGCGCUUUCUAGAACUGAUACUGUCGAUGAAAACGAUGGCGAUUCAACCAGUGCCAAUGCAAAGUAUGAGCAAUUCGAAAAUAACAGCAACGAUGUUAAUACGGAUACAUUGAAUAACCAUAUCAAAUGCCCCGAAGAAACUUUAACUAACGGCGACGUGAAUCACGAAUAUGUUGCCGACUUAACAGAGAAGGCGUCGAGAUCAGUGAGCCCUCAAGUCAAUGGUACCAAUUUAACAACGAUAAACGUCAACGAGAAAGAGGAGGAACUUCAACGAUUACGAUGCUGCAAUAAUUCGUCCGUUACGCGAGCAGCGUCACUCGCAUUGCCUAGAAAAUACAAGAAAGGUUUGAAAUUCGUGAGGGAGUCUACGCCCGGGCCGGAUUUGGAUGAGGCUACGCAUUUCGAUGUGGAGAACAAAAAGCUUGUACAGCAAUUUGAAGCCGUCGAACUGUCGGAUGCGGAUUGCAAAUCGUGCAAUAUCGUGAAUGACAAGCUGGAAGAAACGGAGCGAGAAAUGGCAAAUGUGGAGAAUAUGGAUAAGGAAUGUAAGGAUACGAUCAAAACAAGGCAAGAUGUGAUUGAAGGCUCGAACGAGGAUUCCGGGUUCGAGAGCCAGACUCGGCUGUCGAAGAAGUACCCCAUUACGACCGCGGUGAAGGAGUGGCUACGUCGAGCGAACUCGCCCGAUCUUUUCAUAACGUCAGCGUCAACCUCGGAGAGCGAGACGGAUGAGGAUGACGAAGAAAUGGAUGCAAAGCCGCCAAAAAACUUGCAAGGCAACCCCAUGCCUGCACUAUCUGCUAAUAGCGGCGUCGACGACGUUACGUUGUUGUCACGCACGGCUAGCUGCGGCGAAUUCGCAAAGAUCAACAACAAUAAUAACAACAACAACAACAACAACGCCAGGAACGAUCAGGAGGCUGAUUCGACGUCAACAUCAAUCGGCAGAAGGAAGAAGGAUGCGAAGGAUGCGAAAGUUGUAAAAAGAAAAACGAAGGCGAAGAGAAAUGACAAACGGAAUAGGAACAUCGAUGAAAAGACGCAGAGCCAAUUGGUUUCCUCGUUGGUUUCCUUGGAUUUUGUCACUGCCGUGAGAUCGAAAGACGCGUCGAAAAAAAAUGUUGAUGACGUUUGCGAAUUUACUCAGGAGGAUAGCGUUGCGGGUAUGAGGGUUGCUUUAAGUUCUCGGAUAAACUCGAAGAGAGUUAACGCAAGACGAAUGAAGACAUUGAGAAAAAUUAGUAAAAACCCCGUUGAGAAUAUUGAUAUCAAAAUGCGACGUAUCGAUAACUUAAACAGCGAAAAGGGCAAGGAAACGAACGAGGACGGUACCGUGAGCGUACGAACGUUCGAGAAGGGAGAGAUUAUUGUCUCGGAAGAUGGUAGAUUAUUACCGACGUCUUCGUACGAACCUGUUCCGCUUAACGAUCCCAGCGCGACGAAGACCGCUGCUCACAUCGACGUGAUUAAUGAAAAUGUGGAAAUGCAUGAGAAAACCAGGAACAGCAGUGAGAACGACGAGAAUGACGAUAGCAUGAUGAUAGCGUCCUCAAUCAGCAUAGAGGAGCCGGACGUGUUGGAAUGCUGGGAAGCGGAAACCAUAGAACCUGUGAUAACCCCGAGAAGACUGCUGCAAAGUCCGGGGGUCCUGUACGAGGGUGAGGCAGCGGAGGACGAUAACACCGAGAUCGAGAAAGCCACCGUGGAGCACGUGGAGAAAUAUUACAGACUGGCACGGGACAGUGCUGUCAGCGCGGAGGAGGAAUCGGGGGAGUUCAGCACGUCGGUGAUCUCGUCGAGAUCGAGAACAGUGCCAAAUGAUCCGGUCGACAAAACGAUCGAGCAUUUCUGUGACGAGGAGAUCCCGAUCUUUAUACCGGACAAAAAUCAGAGCGUCACCUUGGAGGACGAGAAGAUACCCGUCGACGAGGCGUUCGAAGUGUACGAGAGCUAUUACACCGGAACGUCGCCGUUCUUAUCAUUCGACUCGAAGAUGUUUAAGCAAUGGCCAUUCUACGAACGGGGUCAGAACGGCGAGGGUUCGAUACCGUGCAAAGCGGUGUGCUGCAACAUACAAUAAUAUCGAGAGAGACGUAUCCUAUCACGAACAAUUUUUUGAAACGAAGAAAUAUAUUAUUAUAAUAUAUAUAAUAUAUAUAAAAUUCGCAUAUUAUGAUAAUAUAUUAUUACGUAAUAUCGCGUCAGGGCUGUCCUUUUCGAAGUAGGCCGAGAUGUGUGUUUUCUCCAGGUAUAUCGCGCACGUAAAUGUAAUACGUGUAAUACGCACCUCACAAUUCAAAACCAAAUGUCUCACUUUCGUUGAACAAAGAUUUAACGAAUCGAUAUAUUCUUUCGAAAGUUCAGUGAUACGCUCAAAAGAGGAACUACGUUAAACGUUAUUUCAAAAGCGUCGCGGAUCGCGAUCCAUUUUUGUAAAUAGUUUUAAGAGUUCGUUCAUGAUAUUGUAACUUUUCGUGGAAACUUUCAAAAUUUUAUGUGUGUGGGAGCAUGCAUUGUAGCAGUUCACUCUACGAUAGCAUUUUACCAUUGUCAUUAAGCAUUGCUAUAUGCCAUUGUUCGUAAUCAAAGACAAAGAUUUGUGACAUUUCGAUGUUCAGCUUUUAUCUGGUCUCGAGUUUAUUAUUAAGAGGCAGUACGUUGUUUUUCUCCGAAUAAAAGUAAUAAAAGUGCGAAUUUUAUUUUGAAUGAGACGAUGAAGGGGGGAAAAUGAAGAGAGAAAGAGAAAAGUACACACGAGUAUAUGGAGAGGUGUCUGUUGAGGCAUAAGACGAUGCCGGACUGUUGUUUUUAUUCUCGCUACGAUAUCUCGUAACACACUCAGCCGAAAUGACAAGAGCGUUAUUUUUAGAAUCUAUAUAAAAGACACGAAUGUUAAAGGACUAGGAGUUAUUGUUGCACGUAAUCACGUUGAAUGGCCUUCGCUUAGGAAAGUUCGGACUGCUCGCAAUUUCCAACUCGGCAUUAUCGGAGUACACCGCGUAUUCAUCCGUGAGUUCUCCCCCUCCCCCCUCCUCUUUUUUUUUUCUCUAGUCGAGGAAGGGGAUGUACCGAGGAAGGCCGACAAAGCAAAUCGUUCAAUAAUACAUGCUUUUAAAUAGCGUUACGUAAUAAUCGCAUAGAUAUAAUAUCGCGUUUCUCGUACUAGAGGGUACUAGCUGACAACGGGCGGCGAUGAAACAGUGAGUUAUAGCUUUAGCCUGUUAUUGAGAAUUAUAGGAGACUGAGGUGUACAUAUAGGGGGGGAAAAAAAAAAAAUCUUACGACAGUUACACAUAAUGAUCUGCAUCGAGGAAGUCGACAAACGCUUAGAGUAGAGAAUCCGCGCAAUUCGUUUGCCAUCGAAUUUGAAAUCUAUAAAAGAUUCAUCUCUCUCGCGAGGUCUCGAGAGCGCUUUACAGCUUAAGAAUGGUUUUAAGAAUCCUUAAAUUCUAAAACUGAAUACAUGCGGGCAACACUUUUUCGAUUCCAAAUCUGAAUACUAUCUAGCCACGGCGAAAUGCGAAAUGAGAUAACCGAGUUACCGAGGGGAAGGAGGCUCGCCUCUAAACGUUCGUCGAGAAGGAAGGAACGGAUGUGAAGGAAGGAAUGUGAAGUCUCGGUUUUUUUUUUUCCUCUUUUCUUUUUGAUGAAGACGCAUUUCGACGGGAUCGGAUGGACGCACCGCAAAGAUGCAUAUGUGUACUUACACAUAUAUAUAUAUACGAAUGAAAAGAGCACUUGUUACGGUAUAGCCCACGCUUUAGUUGACUUGUGUCCCAGAUUAGAUCGAGAGUACCUUAGGUUGCGUAUAGAUCGAUUGAUAGAUACGUGAUUCAUAAAAAUCAUGUACGCGCAUACUGCAUUAUUGCCCCCCAUCGUCAUAACAUACGCAUAACGUACCUCAAAGGGAUGUGUAAAUACAGUAUCCGAUCAUCCGAGGCAUUAGGCGGAAAACGCAAAAACGAUAAUAAAUACUGAUAAUACAUUAAUAAGGCAAAGAAAAAGAAAAUUAAUGAAGUGGCGGCAGAUGAAUGCUGAUGAAGAUGAUUAGCGGAGAGGAAGUAAUGCGAUAAUGAAAAACCUAAAUAUCACACAAGCAGCAAUACGUAGACACCGUUGUUCCUGCAAAGUUUCUAGUUUCCUUAAGCAUGAAUAUGUAAUCAUUGAAAUCAUUUCCAAAAAUGAUCAGGCAGGUAGCUCUAUCGGCGUUCGUUCACACCAAAGUAAAACGUUAAAGAAUAAGUAUCGAAUAUAUAUCGUUAUAUUGAAAAUAUACGCGCGUUGCAUCAAUUGUGUGCCUUAUUCUGUGGCGGCCGUUUUUGUAACUAUUUCAAAGCACUCUCCUUGAUAAAAAUAGUCAGUAGCGAGAUAUCAAGGUGCGAUUAUAAGACUUGUUAAAAAAAAAAAAAAAAAACUUAAAGAGAGAAAGAGCGAGAAAGAGAGAGAGAGAGAGAGAGCGAGAGAAACGUGCGGGGGGAACUUGCCCGCAAUUAAUGACCCUUAUCAAUCAAUGCAUGCCCGAGCGAGGACUCGUUUGACCUUUCCUUUUCACGAAAUUAUCGACCUUCAUUCAUCGGACGCGUCCGACCCGAUUGUAUGCGAUUAUUCAUAAAGACAUUAAAAGCGUUGCAUCUUACACACACGAGUCAUGUUACUGUACAAUUAUAUUUUAGUUGAAGUUAACAUGUAUGGAAUAAGUGUACUUGAAUUUUGUUGUGUUUUUGCUUAUAAAAAUAUGAAAUAAAACGUUUCAAUUUUUAAAGUCAA